AUGACAACAGGGGAAGAUGGAAAUGAGAGUUAUCUAGAAGGCAGUCAAAUCGACGAAGCGCGCAAAGCAUAUCACAAAGCCAGCGAGCUUGCGGAUGACGCAACAGAGGAAUAUCGUCGUAUGGAACGACUGAUUCCCCGCCGUGGCAGGCAACUUUCAGGGCCAAACGCCGCGUACGGUGACGGCAAGGGAAGCCGACAGCGUAAUGUCAACUACACAGCGGCUGAGCAGCGUGAAAUGUGCGGCCAUGCAAAGAAAGCGUUCCAUUAUAGGAAGGCUGAGUUUAAAUUGAGACGUGUGGCCAGCAAAAAAUACGGAACUGUUGUCAUUAAAAGACAUAAACAAACGGGCUUUGACUCUCCCGCAGGUCACUGGAAGCAGGUCGACGGGAAGCGCGAAAAUGCCGGGUCGUGGUGGGAUGCCGCAUAUGAGCAUCGGGAGAUGGCCAUUUAUUUGGGCUGUCAGGAGGGUGAGAUAUCACCUGUUCCCUCCUGGGGCUCGUCCGACAGUUCUCCGGAGUCCCCGGAACGCGAACUUCCCGACCAGAGCCUUGGCUAG